AUGGCGCACAUUAGCGCUUAUUUUCGGGCUUUGUGUCCGGACGGAUGGGAUGAGGCGGGGGGGGGGCUGCAGAAACCAGGUCAGACACACAACACCACAGACACACAACAAACACCACACCACAGACACACAACACCACAGACACACAACAAACACCACAGACACACAACAAACACACAACAAACACCACACCACAGACACACAACACCACAGACACACAACAAACACCACAGACACACAACAAACACCACACCACAGACACACAACACCACAGACACACAACAAAUACCACAGACACACAACAAACACCACACCACAGACACACAACACCACAGACACACAACAAACACCACACCACAGACACACAACACCACAGACACACAACAAAUACCACAGACACACAACAAACACCACACCACAGACACACAACACCACAGACACACAACAAACACCACACCACAGACACACAACACCACAGACACACAACAAACACCACACCACAGACACACAACACCACAGACACACAACAAACACCACACCACAGACACACAACACCACAGACACACAACAAACACCACACCACAGACACACAACACCACAGACACACAACAAACACCACACCACAGACACACAACACCACAGACACACAACAAACACCACACCACAGACACACAACACCACAGACACACAACAAACACCACACCACAGACACACAACACCACAGACACACAACAAACACCACAGACACACAACAAACACCACAGACACACAACAAACACCACACCACAGACACACAACACCACAGACACACAACAAACACCACACCACAGACACACAACACCACAGACACACAACAAACACCACACCACAGACACACAACACCACAGACACACAACACCACAGACACACAACAAAUACCACAGACACACAACAAACACCACACCACAGACACACAACACCACAGACACACAACAAACACCACACCACAGACACACAACACCACAGACACACAACACCACAGACACAAAACACCACAGACACACAACACCACAGACACACAACAAACACCACACCACAGACACACAACACCACAGACACACAACAAACACCACACCACAGACACACAACACCACAGACACACAACAAACACCACAGACACACAACACCACAGACACACAACAAACACCACAGACACACAACAAACACCACAGACACACAACACCACAGACACACAACAAACACCACAGACACACAACAAACACCACAGACACACAACAAACACCACAGACACACAACACCACAGACACACAACAAACACCACAGUCGCACAGCAGCCUCUCGAAACGAGCCGCAUAACGACCAAAACGAGAUGCAAAACGAGACACAAAAUGAAAAAAACGAGUCACAAAAUGCAGCUAUACUACUGCUAUGCUACAGGGAAUCCUCAACUUAAGUCUGAGUUCGGUUCCUACACACUGAC